ACUAUUUAUAUUACCACAGUAUACCCUACCACAAGGCUUAUUAAAAUAUGUGUUAUUUUCAAAAUGUAUAUACGUCAUUUUUAUACUGUUGGAACAGUAAUUGCUUAUUGUGUUUUUGUGCAAAACAAGUUAAGAAAUGUUUUAUUGUUUAUGCAGAUACAACUGAACUGCUUUACAGUCUAUAGAGCAAAACAUAUGUUAUUUGUGCUGUCAUAGAUUAGUUAACUGUGGAGCAAGACACACCCAUAUCAUGUAAAUAAUCUUUCUGUAAAGUGUAUGGCCAUUUGCCUGAUCUGGAUCUAUCCCAAAUAUGUGUGUUUGAAAGAAGCAUUUGAAAGAAAGACUAAAGCUAUUAACUUCUGACAAUCAUAUUAGGCUGGUAUACUUGGUGUGUAAAACAGUUGCAAUUUAAAAAAUAUAGUAGUUUGUUCAAGAUAUAGUACUGUAGGGAUCCUUGCUUUAAAACUGAGGUAAUCAAAGUUCAUAUAUAUUUUAUAGUUGUUUUACUGUCUCCUUGGUCUGUGUUAAUGACCAUAUUAUGAUAUUACAAGUACAAGACCUCCAGUUUAACACAAACUAACAUACAUGAUUAUUUUAAUCUGUACAAUGUCCAAUCACGAAAUAUGACUUUUUAACAAUACUACUAGUUGCCUAACUCAAACACUUUUUAACUAGUAAAUUAUUUUGGUCAAAUCUCAUUGUUAUGGGUAUCCUUGGAGAUAGCUCAAAACAAUGGGCACUGAUACAAGUAACACUACACUUGAACAUGCACUGAUUACUAAUUUAAACAUUACAAAACAACAUUCUUCAAGGGUAUUCCAAGGGAAACAUUAUGUUUAUUUUAAAGGAAGCCCUUGUACAGUUACAGUGUCUGUUAACGCACUGAUUGUGAGCUCUGCCUUGUGACUUGAUUUUAAAUAAGUGCCUCUCUUUUUAAACUUUUUUUUUUUUUUUUUUAACAGUCGUUUCAUGACCAAAUUUGAUUUAAUAGAUUUAAAACAGACUUUAAUGAGUUAAAGAUUGUUCAAUAGAGUUGUGACAGGGGGACCAUGUUGCUGUUUCUUGGUGGAAGCAGCUGGGACACACUGGGACACGCAACAGGAGACAUAUUGCUGAGGAAGUAAUUGAGCAGGUAGGCUCGCCCGGUGCUGAGCUGAUCGGGCGGUCCGGAUUGGCUGGGGGGUUGUGCCUGGGGAGGCUGGGCAGAGCUCAAAAAAUGUCUGCGCCACAGCUCGAGGCUACUGCAAGGCCAUUGCCAUACAGACGGGCGCUGAGCAAAAGAUUGCUGUGUUUUGUUUCGUGUUGUGUUGCAGACUUGUAUCAAUCCGGGAGUUGAAGCUAUGGUGCCUACACUGACCCCUGCACACGACCACAACCCAGGAGAGCGUCCUCUCCGCAGGAUUAACUACUACAGAACCGUUCAACUGCAAGGCGCUGCUCGUGAAGGCUUUGCUCAACCGAGGUCAUGUGAAGAGGCAGGAGUCACUGUGAGAAGGCCGGGACUCCGGGAGCCCAGAAACUCGAUCAACCCAGGAGCUGAAGCUAUGGAGCCAGCACUAACCCCGGCAGCAUCUACCCCUGCACACGACCACAACCCAAGAGAGUGUCCACUCCGCAGGAUUAGCUACUACAGAACCCUUCAACUGCAAGAUGGCGCUCGUGAAGGCAUUGCCCACCCGAGGCUGUGUGAAGAGGCAGAAGUAGGGUCUUGGGCAGACCGGUCACCCCUUCAUGAAGCAGCUAGUCAGGGCCGUCUUCUGGCUCUGAAGACUCUGCUUUCCCAGGGAUAUAAUGCAAACACCCUGACCAUUGACUAUGUGACCCCACUGCACGAAGCCUGUCUUGGAGACCAUGUCGCCUGUGCUAGAGCACUUAUUGAAGCAGGCGCCAAUGUGAAUGCAACUACAAUUGAUGGAAUGUCUCCACUGUUUAAUGCUUGCUCACAAGGCAGUGCAACUUGUGUGGAGAUAUUAUUAGAACAUGGCGCCAACCCUCAGUCUGACGCAUGCCAGCCUUCACCAAUUCACGAAGCAUCCAGUAAAGGGAGGAGCGAGUGUGUGGCAGCCCUAAUAUCUUGGGGAGCUGAUGUUGAUCAAACCAUUCCUCACUUGGGAACUCCACUCUACGUAGCAUGCAUCUCCCAGCAACUACAUUGCACACAGAAGUUACUCGAUGGAGGAGCUAAUGUUCAGAAAGGCAAAUUCCUUGAAACCCCAUUGCAUGCUGCUGCUCAACAAAAUAGCCCUGAGGUUGUAAAAUUACUGCUGGACUUUGGGGCAGACAUCAAUGUAAAAAACUUGGACCUGAAGCGACCUGUGGAGGCAGCUGCACCAAGCAGCCUGGUGGAGAAGUUCCUAUUACUACAUGAAGCCACUCCCUGUUCUCUGCGUCAGCUGUGCCGCCUGAGUAUCAGAAACAGCCUGGGGAGGUCCAGACAACACCUAAUUUCACAGCUCCAGCUGCCUACCAUCCUGCAGAAUUUCCUACAGUACAGAUAAAGAGCUUAACAACUGCAUUGCUAAAGAUGAAAUAGACUCCCUGUUUAAUCCAGAUACAGUACUGUAUAAGAACAAUCGAUCUUACAAAUAUUACCCAUGGUAAAUGCAGCCUCGUAAACAGUGAGUGCUUCAUUUCAAAACUCAAC